UGUAAAUGUUGUGCAUGUAUUUUCAUGUUUUUAAAUACAAAGUGCGACGAAGAAGAAUAUAUUUUGAAAGCAGCGCUUGUAUGUCAAAUAGCACACCAAAGAAAAAUCGACAACAACAGCAUCAAAAUAUGUAAUAAAUAAUACGCUAAACACACGGAAGAAUCAACUGAAGCGAUCACAAGAAUACAAGAUAGAAUAAGACGGAAUAAAAAUAAAAUACGAAAACAAAAUUAACAAAACAAAUAAGUAUAUAUAUUUUGCGUGCAAAUUUCCCUUCGUUCACACAACAACAGUUGAUACACACAAGUAUAUUAACAUUAUUAAUUUUUUUUUUCCUUCUUCAAUUAAACGCAAAAAAAAAAGAGAAGUAGUGAAAAGACAUAAAAACAAAAACAAAACGCGCUUGUAUUUUUUUCCCAAUCAAAAUAAAGAAAGAAAAAGAGUAAUAAUUUUCUAAUAAUAACGGUGACAAUUUUGGAAUACAGUUAAAACAUUCACAAUAGAAUGUUUUACAUUUCCUGAUUGACAAUUAAAUUCAUUUAAACCACAAAAUACCUUUUUAUUUUCAUCGAAGAAGAAGAAAAUACACACGGCGACACGAAAUUCGUGCUUGAUUGAAUAUUUUCAACAAAUGUGGUGUGACAACCAUGAGUAUAAGUUCCGAUAUUACUGUGGCUCACAUCCAGGGAUUGCUUGAAAAUUUCUCAAAAAAUGUCUAUCGAGCCAAAGACGAUGAGGAAGGAUCGCUGAAUAAUGAAGUGAUGGAAAAAUGCCAGAGCUUAUUUCGUUUGGACUAUGAAACGGUGGAAAUAAAUAAUAGCGGCGGUGGAUUGUCUUCCCAUUAUCCAGCGGUGAUCGUGAUACCUGAAUUUGAAAAACAAAAACCGAAUACAUUUUCGGCAUCGACCAGCGGGACACAAUCGCCAUUUAUCCAAGAUCCAACCACCAUUAAGCUCCGAGAACUGAUGACGAAAGCCCGCCUUGCACGAUCACGAACACGAUUUCCGACGCCUGUGAUUCUAUAUAAAGGAAAAUUUGUAUGCCGUUCAUCGACACUAUCCAGCGGAGCCGAAAUGUAUACACGAAAUGGUAUCAAUUAUUUCUUGGGCACCGGUACAACGACAGAACCAACUCCAAACAAUGUUGAAAUACAAGGCAACGAUGAUGCCGUCGAAGCGAAUGAAAAUUUAAUGGAAGACCAAGAUGAUGCAAAUAAUCCGAUUGGAAAAGUGUUGAAUAAUGGUACCAAAAAUGGAACAAAUGGAAAAUCGGAUUGGCCACUUUUCGAUAAUGUUCGACAUAAUGAUAUUCGAUUACUGGAAGCAUUAAACGUCGGAACUAUCAUUGACUUUAUGGUGGAAAAGAAAAAAGUCAAAUUCGGUUUAAAAGUAACAUCAUCCGAGAAGGUGGACAAAGAGAAUAGAUACAAGGAUUUUACAUUGAUUAGCCUACCAUAUCCGGGAUGUGAAUUUUUUCGAGAAUUUCGUGAUAAUAACUAUACGCACGAACGUUGUAUAUUCGAUUGGUCACAAGCAUAUGUUGAUGCCGAUAUUGUAAUUCCUGAUGAUGUUAAGACAUCACAAAUGUCAAUGAAUAUUAAUUGGAAUCAAUACAAAGAUUGGAACUUGUUGACAAUAACGCAAAAUUACCUGAAAGUUUGUUUAAAGUAUUUACAAGAUAAUAAUUCGGGUCUCUUGAUUCACUGCAUCAGUGGAUGGGAUCGAACACCGUUGUUUGUUUCAUUAUUACGUUUAUCGUUAUGGGCUGAUGGUGUAAUACAUCAAUCAUUGAACGCACUUCAAAUAUUAUUUUUGACGCUUGCCUACGACUGGUUUUUAUUCGGCCAUGAUUUACCCGAUCGACUGACCAAAGGCGAAGACAUUUUUAUGUUUUGUUUUUAUGCGUUGAAAUAUAUUCAGGAGGAAGAUUUUAGUGUGAUAAGCCACAGACAUAGAACUAAGCAUAAUAGUAGUGGAAGUUGCGGCAAUGCCACUGCUCCUCAGGAAAAUGAAUCAAAUCAAGAAACCUUUCAAUUUGAUCUAGACAGUCGUAGCUCAAGCAUAUCAGGUGGCAGCCAACAAGAUAUUUACCAACAAAAACAAUUCAACAAUGAUUUACAUGAAAAUACAAACGGAAAUAUAGCAAAUUUAUCAAUCAACCAGGAUAGCAAUAGUAGUAUAGAAAUCUUACCAGAAUCAACCACAGUAAACAAUUAUUCGCCAAUUUCAAAACGUAAAACAAGCCCCGUAACGGUACCGUAUUCAUCGCGAUCGCGUCAAAGAAAUGAAUCAACAUCAUCGGUAGGUAGUUGGCAAUUGGUUAACCAAUCCGGUAGUCUACGAAGUACUGAUUCAAAUAAUCGACUAUUCAAUACGAAUUUACAAGAUUCGAAUUCAACACUUGUCGAUGAUGACAUUUUCUCAAUAAACAGCCACACCGCUAUGUUCAUGCGUCGACGUGAGCGCUUGCAAGCCGUUCGAGGUACAUUCUAUAAAACCUAUUGUAACAUAGUUGGUUUAACAUACAAAGACUAUUCAAUGUCAACUCUGGGAAGUGUGUUGGGCAAUAUUGCCGAACGCGUUGGAUUUUCGCAACGAAAUCAAAUAUAGACCAAGUUAGUGACUGGGAUGGAAUUUUGAAAUGUGACAGAGAGACAUGAUGAUGAAAUAUGAAUUUAAUGGAAUGCAAAUUCAGCACCAUUUCGUAAAACGUGUUCAAUUUUUCAUUGAUUUUUUUUAUAUCCUGCGAUUACUUUUUUUCUAUUAAAUGCAUUGGUAUUUAUACCAGAGUUUCGUUGACGGCCUUUUCGGAGAUAUGUAACAUUGCCUUUUGGCUAUUCCAAUAUGUUUUGUAAAAUAUUAUGCUCUAAAUUAUUGUAAACGAAAUUUUUUUAUGAUUUACACGUUCAUGUUCACGUCGCUAUUAGAAUUUAAAGAAAGGGAAUUUGUAUUAGUUUUUUAGUGAUUCGUUUGACAACAACAACAAAAAAAGAGAAACAUUCGUUCGUCGUGAGAUGGAUUUAGAACAUUUUUGAACCUUUUUUUUUCAUGUCUGAACGCGUUUCAAAUGUAUUCAAUAUUAUCAAGCAAUGAACAUAAAAUGAACGACUUGAGCAACGCCUUCAGACAUAGCAUAUGGUUAGAUGUAUCGAUCGCACGCGUCGUCACUCAUACACACAUCAUAAUUUGUAAAUAAGAAAUGAAUCGCAAUUUAUUUUUAGUGAAAUUUUGUAUAUUUUAUUAUUGGAAUUGUUUUGUUAAGCCCCCGAUGCAAAAAAAAAAUAAU